UAAGACAUCAUGGGAGGCGUGGCGGUGGACGUGGGUGCGGACAGAGUGAAGGCACCCGAUGGAGGGUGGGGCUGGGCAGUGCUGGCCGGCUGUUUCGUCAUCACAGGCUUUUCCUACGCUUUCCCAAAAGCGGUCAGUGUAUUCUUCAAAGAGCUGAUCCUGGAGUUUGGGGUGGGAUAUAGCGACACUGCCUGGAUCUCCUCCAUACUGCUGGCCAUGCUCUAUGGGACAGGUCCUCUGUGCAGCAUGCUGGUGAACUGCUUUGGCUGUCGUCCAGUGAUGAUGGUGGGUGGCCUCUUCGCCUCUCUGGGAAUGAUCCUUGCCUCCUUCUCCACCAGCAUCAUCCACAUCUACCUCACUGUUGGGGUCAUUACAGGUCUGGGGUUAGCCCUCAACUUCCAGCCAUCUCUGAUCAUGCUAAACCGCUACUUCAGUGAGAAGCGUCCUCUGGCCAAUGGGCUGUCAGCAGCUGGAAGCCCCGUGGCCCUGUGCUGCCUCUCACCACUGGGCCAGGUCCUCCAGUACCAGUACGGAUGGAGGGGGGGCUUCCUCAUCUUGGGUGGCCUUCUUCUCAACUGCUGUGUGUGUGGGGCCCUGAUGAAGCCUCUGGUCGCCCCCAAGACCAUCCCAACCAAGGACAUGGAGCAGGACACAGAGGAGGGACCAGAGGAAGCAGAGAGGAAGAAGAAGAAGCCCAAAGCCAAACUGCUGGACUUCUCUGUCUUCAAAGACUGCGGGUUUGUCAUCUACACUGUAGCAGCCUCCAUCAUGGUGCUGGGGCUGUUUGUGCCUCCAGUGUUCGUUGUGAGCUACGCUAAAGAGCUGGGGAAUGAAGAUACCAAAUCGGCUCUGCUGCUCACUAUCCUGGGCUUCAUUGACAUUUUUUCACGGCCCACGUGUGGUGUGAUUGCUGGGCUGAGCUGGGUGCGGCCUCGUUGCGUCUACUUAUUCAGCUUCGCUUUGAUCUUCAAUGGAACCACUGACCUGGUGGGGUCACAGGCCAAGGAUUAUACAUCCCUGGUGGUCUACUGUGUCUUCUUUGGCAUCUCCUACGGCAUGGUGGGAGCCCUGCAAUUUGAGGUUCUCAUGGCAAUAGUUGGCACUGAGAGGUUCCCCAGUGCCAUUGGCCUGGUCCUGCUCAUGGAGGCCAUUGCUGUGCUGGUGGGGCCACCUGGUGCAGGCCGGCUGCUCGAUGCCACCAAGAACUACAUGUAUGUCUUCAUGCUGGCAGGGAGCGAGGUGGUCCUCGCAGCUGUGGUUCUGGCCACUUGUAACCUCCUUUUUAUUAAGAGGAAACCUUCAGCUCCAGCAGACCAGCUGGAGAAUGUCACAGUGACAGAUGACGAUGCCAAGACAGAGGUGUUCAGUAAACCUGCAGAGGUUAAUGAUGAAGAGGAGAAAGGACCAAGAGAGGAGCAAGAGAAGGAGACUGAAGAGGAGGAGAGAGACAAGGAGAAAGUAGAGGAGGUCAGGCAAGAGAAUGAAACAGCAGACUCACAGGAAGUGGAAACGUUGUUGAAAGAGCCACAGCCGAACGGUGACGCAGCCGUCAGUCCUGAAGCCUGAGCAGGGACGGAGGAUGCUGGACAGGAUUAUACCUGCGGGCUACACACACUUUUUUCUUUUAGAUAAUCCAGCAGCAGGAUGAAGUGUUUUGUCAAGUGCUCCCAUGAGUCCCCUGCUGGUCAGUUGUGCCGUCAUACAGUGCGUGUUCAUGUGUGUCAAGUGUUUGUCGUUUGCAGGGGG